AUGAAACCACUAUUCACCUCUCAAACUGCCACACCAACUCACUCAGCAAAUCCCAACUCUAACAAUUGGGAUUUACUUUCCUCCUCGUUCUAUCAUACGCUAGCAAAUUCACUGCCCUUUCGACUGUUGGUGGUUGGAAGUCAAGAGUUAAAUAGUGCAAAUUAUUAUCUCUAUUAUUUAUCGCCGAUAUACUCGAAUUUGAAGCAGUUUAGCAUUACGAACUUGUUAUUGGCGUACACUCUACCAUUAUUGUAUAUAUUUUCUCCGACGCUGAUUGUCCCGGCAAUCUUUGUCAAAUCACUGCAAUUUCUUGCAUCAAAAACCGCAUCCAUUUCUUCUACCAUUUCCCUUCAUAAAACCUCAUCCACAGCUUUCUUCAACGUGUCUUCUCUGACGAACAAUAUUUCUUCCGCUUCCUCAUCGCCUCGGAGCGAUAACGGUGGUGGAAGUGAUUUGAGUGUACAGGAUAUUGAAUACUGGCUGCAGAGAUGUUCGAUCUGUUUUGACGCACAGUUGGACUUCUGCUUGGACUUUUGCCGGGAUCAGUUUUGUCGCGAAUGUUUUCAGAGAUAUGUAAAAGAAGUAGUGCAGAAUUCAUGGGGACUAAGCAUUACAAAAAUCAAAUGUCCAGUGUGUCAAGACGUUAUUUCUCAGUCAGAAUGGAGCAGAUACGUUGACCAGAGCAUUAUAGACUUAUACAACACAUACAACAAACCAUAUCGCUCAUUCUCCAGGUGUUGUGGAGAGUGUGGCGAAGAAGUUUUUGCAGCCAGUGUGGUACAUGCAUAUGGAGAGGAGAAAGCGAGACAUUUCCAUGAAAUCUCCUAUCUCCUUCACCAGUUCCUUCAAACUUACAUUUCACCUACAAAAACAACUCAGACCAAUAUUCAUAACGAAAUAAACCAAUUCCUGUCCCGCUUCAAAGCCGAUUACACCGCUUUUCUUGGAGGGACAAGCGUGAACUACGGUGUACUCGAGAUGUAUGAUUACAUUGCAGACAAGUUGGGAGAGCGCCUCGGACUGAGAUUGGACGGUAGUGGAGGACAAAUCCAAUCUAAAAUGACAAGAAGGAGAUCAAAGAUCUAUGGAGAGAUGGUUAAAGCAGCAGCAGAAAUUUCAGCUAGGCUCGUUGCGUUGGAGGCUAGACCGGAUCCAUGGAGACAACUGCAGUUUUUGCAUAUAGCGAAUUUUCCUCAGUCACGAUGCACUCGUUGUACAGCCGAUCUCUGUUUACAAUGCGGUGAACCGUCGCAUCACGUCGGGAUGUCCUGCACUCAGUACAUGCGCCACCGUGUCUCCAACUCUUCGCUCUUUUUUUCAUCCAUGACUCAUACAACUCCCAACAACUCGCCGGACGCGCUUGAGAAUAUCAAGUGGAAGUUGGCAAACUCGAAAUCCUGUCCGAACUGUUCUAUCUUGAUCAACCGUGAUGAUGGUUGCAACAAGGUGGAUUGUUUGCAUUGCGGGUAUAGAUUUUGUUGGGUCUGUAGGAAUGGGUGGAGUGAAAAGUGUGGAUUUUAUCAAUGUCGCUCGGGAGAAAAGGUGAAGAAAGGUAAAGGCAAGGAGAAAGGAAGGAAAGUAAGGAGAGAGAACAGGGACGGAGUUAAUGAAAAAAAUGGCGCGGAUGAUGAGCACUAUAUGGAGGGUUUGAUGCGUGAUGAAGAGGAUAUCGGCGAUGAUGAAGAUAUGGGAGAUGAGUUUGGCGGCGAUAGCAGGCUUGGUGAUAGACCUGAAAUUGGAGUUCCAAAUGUGUUUGUAAUCCAGGCAAAGUUCAUGGGCGCAACAAGCACUUCAUGA